AUGCUUUCCGAGGCACGGUCGGAUCGAGUCUGCUCGCCAGCUCAGCUGCGUACCGUUCUUCACUGGGCUAUCCGCUCUCGCGAUAAUCAACUUGUGGAGCUGAUGAUCAAGAAUAACGCCCCUCUAGACCCCGCGGGCGAUGCUAGAUGGGCGUUCUCCGCAUUAGGCGUUGCUGUUGCCUCGCUUAAUGACUUCAUUAUCCCCCGGCUGCGAGAGGCAGGAGCAAAAUCAGGUCAUUCAGAAAGCCCAAGUCCCCUCGCGAAUGCUAUAUUCACCAAUCAACGACCCGUGGUUGAGCUUCUUCUCAAACAAGGAGAACGGCUGCAUUCUGAUGGAGCUCUAAUGCACAUUGCGCGCAAAAAUGACAAAGAUCUUUAUCAACUAUUGAUUAAAUAUGAUGCUUUGGAGAUGGACAUGUUUGGCACUCAGGCGAUGUUCUCCGCAAUCAUGCACGGGCAUUAA